GUUAUUGCAGUGGAACAGGUGAUGACAUAAUUAUGAUUGUGGUGAACGUAAUGGAUGCAGAGAUGAUUACUGUGAAUGCCACUGCUCUUUUUAUACAUAUUUACUAAAUUGCUAUUCAGGUAGGAAUUACAGAAUCUAUAUUUAGUAACUAUUAUUAUAAAUGCUUAAUACAAUUCUUUCCGUUUUAGAACUUAAGUUUUGCUUCAAUAUUUAAAAAUUUUAGAAAGGCGGUAUUUACAUACUUUCUUAGUCCCAGGCAACUAGUAAUACAGAAUAAUUAAUGUGAAUUGUAUUACUUUAUUUCUACUAGAGUAAAGCUACUGAACGGGUCAUACAUUUACAUAGGGACUAUAUUAAAUAAAUUUAUAGUAAGGUUUACUUAGAUAUAUUUAGUUCAUAUUAUCACAGAAACAUAAAUAUUAUUUAUCAUGGUUAUUAUUUAUACAAUGAUGUUUAACUAGUUGCCUAAAAUUUUCAAAAUAUUUAACAGAAAAACCACCUGUUGGUGAAAAACUUCAAAUUCCUGUAAUUCCUUGACAGUUAAAAAAGGUUUGUUUACAUAUUUUUUAAAAGAUAUUUAAAUAAUUAUUUUGAUAAAAACAUAUAUGAUGAUGGACAUUUUAGUUUAAAUAUUUGUUACAUAGUUACAUUACAAUUCGUGCAAUGUGUUGUUCGUUUCGUCUUGGGUUUGUGUUAAAUGAUGUUUUAUAACUUUUUGUCAUUACCUAAUAUAAUUAUCUGUUAAACAUGUCUAUAAAUGUAACCGUUACCGGCAAUCCUGUAAGUAUAAAACGUGGAAAAAUGGUGUGUUUCGAUCCAAAUAAUUCCAAGAAAGAGUUUGAAAAGCGGCGCAUAAUGAGGUUACAGCAAGUCCGACAACAAUCAAAAGAACUAGCUGAAAAUGUGAGAAACAAGGUGAAAAACGAGAAGAAAAAGCAAAUGGGUGAAAUUGAAAGGGAAGGUAAAGAAAAAUUGAAAAACUGGCAGAACCGUAAACUCUUAGAGCUACAAGACCAAUACAGAAAUGCCUUGGAUGAAAUCGGAUCAGGCCACAAAAAUGCUAAUGAAUUACUGGAUGAAGAAGAAGAUCUGGAAGAUCAGAAAUUAGAAAAUGAAAGACAGGCCAGAGAUCGGGGUAGAGUAGCUAAAACUAAAGAUCAAAUUCAGAAAAAUGAAGAAAACUAUCGGAAAGCCAUGCCAAUACAACAGAAAAAACUUGUGCGUGACAUAGAAAACACCAGAGCAGCCAUGGUUUCAUCAAUAAAGAAACAGAAAAAUAAUUACUGCCAUAAAAAGGAUAAGAAACCCAAAAGUUCUGCGAAUAUAGAUAUAACAAUACCCGAUGAUUCAGACUUUAGUGAGGAAUUACCUGCUACUUCACAUCUUCCUGAUAUAUUGGAGGAACAGUCUGAUGAAUCUGAAGGUAGUGAAGGAUUUUGUGAAUGUAUCGAAAGUUCAGAAGAAAAAUCAUCUGAAAUAUCAUCUACAGAUAGUAAAGAGUGUAAUAAAGAAAAUAAAGAGUUGCAUUCAGAGGUAUCAGAAAAACCAGUACGUUUAUCAAAUGAAAAGAAAAUUAUUGAAGAACCACAGAAGACAGAAGAAUCAUUUUCAAAGUUUAGGUCCCUCAGGGAAAGUAUCGAUAGUCAUAGGGAAAAGAUUGAGAAAUUUAGACGAAAAAACACUAGUGAGGUGUCAAUGGAUACAAGAAUAUCAGACAGAAUUAAGAACAGAAAAUUACUGUCUUUAGAACCAGAUUUUUCAGAUUUGAAACCGGAUCUUUCUGCAAAAAAACGUUUUCCAAGACCAGAAGAACGAUCUAAAAAUGUUCAGAAAGAUCCUUUAGAACUCAGCAGCGAUGAAUGUUUGUGUACAAAGUAUUCUAGAAAGUGUUCGUGUAAUGAAAAGAUAUCAAAGAAAAUUUCUUCGAUCCAUAAAGAUGAAACCAGUAAGUCUGAUUUAGCGAAGCAGUUUCAACAAAAAAUUUGUAAUAAUGUGAUGGAACCUAUAAAAGAAAUUCCUUCAAUGCCUGGUAUAAAAUUGAAAGAUGUUGAUUCGGCUGCUAAAUCAACACAUUCAAGUGCAAAAAAUCAAGAUGGUCAAAAAGUGCGACAUUUUGAUUUCCCAAAUAGAUUUGAAAAAGAAGUUAGUUCUUCGUUGCAAUUUGAGAAGGUUACAGCUGAUAGUAUUGAGGUUUUACCUAAUUCAGAUUCGGAAUUGGAAUGGCGCGAAAAAAUGAAGCAAAGAGACAGAGACGCGCAGAUUAGGGGACGAAAUGCUUUAGAAAAGGAGAAGAUACAAAGAAAUUAUGAGGAAAUGAUGAAGCAAUUGCCUAUUCUGCAAAGAAAAGAGAACAUAGCCCAAAUCGGUACUGAUAAGCCUGAAUAUCACAUGUCGGAUGAAAGGCUAAAAGAAAAAGAACUGCAAAGACAAAUCAGACUUGAGAAUGCUUAUUCUAAAGCUAUGCCAGAAUUAAAGCCGAAAAUUGUUACUAUACCGAGUAGAAAGCAUGAAAUAUUGAAGCCAGAAGAACCGUUUCAAAUUUUAGAUGGAGACGAUUCUAGAGUACUAAAUCUAGGCAAAUGGGACAUUGAAUCCAAACCAAAAACAAUGUUUUCCGCUGAAGAAGUCCAAGACAUUAUAAAAGCAUUUACCGUUCAAAAACCCGAAGACAGAAGAGCCAAGUUAAAAAACUUGCUUCAAAGCCUCAAAUUACAAAAAGAACAACUCCUUAAAGAAAUAAAAUCACUGCCAAUGGACGACAGUGUGAACGCAUUGAUCAGCGACUUAAAUUCAUUUAGUGAUAGCGACGAGAAACACCACAAAGUUAAUAAACGAAAACACAAAGAAGUUGAUGACAAAAGACGUAGACUUGACGAUGAGACUGAGUUGAGCAGCGUUUCAUUAGAGAAAGGUGUGAAACCUAGACACAAAGACAGGGAAGAAAGAAAGAAAUCAAGAAAACAAAGACCAGAAGUGUUGAUUUUGCAGAAUACCAGUACGCAAACGACUCCAAAACAAGCAAAGGAUAAAUCAACAUCGAGCAGUACUAGUGAUACAUCAAAAGAACUGGAUAUACCUGUUAAAAGAGAUAUUUGUAAGAAGUCUCAUAUGCCUUGUGACUGCAAUAAAGAAAAUGGUAAGGAACUUACAGAGGAAUUGUGCAAGAUUUUGAUCAAACUUCACAACGAUGAAGUUCCGGAAGUUGAAGUUGUGAGCAGUUCGCGCAGUAAAGGCGAUCAAUCGGACAAAUCGGGUGAAGUUGAGAAGAAAACUGAGAAGGAAUAUAAGGAAAAAUCCCCAGAUAGGGCAACUAAACCUUCCAAAACCGAUGAUAUCAAGUCAUCUCCAAAAAAAGACACUAGCACUAAGAGAAUCCCUCCUAAGAAACCAAAAGAAACAAGAAGCGUCGCUACAGAGACAGAUAAACCAAAAAAACCUGAUAAAAUUCCUGAAAAAUCAUCCAAACAUCAUCAAUUUAGCAAAGAAUCAUGGAAGGAACAAUUGAGCAAAAACUCUAUAUCCACUUCAAGCACAUCGUAUUUCAGUCCGCCAGAUUAUUCAAGACCAAACACCACAGCUAGCACGGAGGCCAGCCUGAGAUCUUUCUACAAUUUACACGACAAACCCAAACAGAAAAACCUGGAAGGUUCUUCUCUGUUGAAACUGCGACAGCCACAGAAGAAAUCGCUCAAAGUUGACAGCACCGAUCUUCAGUUGUUGAACUACGUCAAAAGAGUUCUGAGUAUGUCGAAGGCCAGCUUGGAUGAGUUGGGAGUUUCCUCGAGCGAGGUUCAGACUCCCAAUCAGAGCAUUAUCGAUAUUGAGUCGAAUAAUCCGAUGGGCGCUUUGCAAAAUAUCGCGAAAAUAAUCAACAUUAAAGCUACGGAUCUGGAAAAAAGGUUGAAUGGUUCGCCCGAUGAUAGCCGAGUGCCUCCGAAUUCAUUGAUCUCGGGGUCGGAAGGAUCUAACAAAUCGAAAGACAAAAGCCAAUACAUUCCCGAAAGAGACCUACCUGACACUGAAGGAAGUGCAUGUCAAUUCGCCGACGUCAGUGACUCUUGUAGCAAACGCAUCGCAAACUUGGCAGCGAUGAUCGAGAAACUUCGCCAAGAAAAGAUCCAAAUGCUGCGAAAAUCACCGGUAAUUCCACACGAUUCAGAUCAUCGUGUCGUCACUCCAACCAGUGACAGAGAUAAUUCAACGAAAUAUUUCGAUUUUCCUCAUUCAGAAGAGAAAUCUAUUGCGAGCUCUUCAACAACUAGCAUGGACGAAGAGGAGCUGAAUAGGAGGCUGUUGGACAUUGACAUGAGUCUGGCAGAGAAGCUGAGAAAAUUUCGACAGAGCAAAGACGAUAAAGUUGGAGACAGUGGUGAAAAAUCUGACAGAUCAGAAAAAGAACCCGAUCAAGUUCAACAGGCCGACGAUGAGCAAGAUCAUCAAUUUUUACAACGUCUACAAAGGCUGAUUGCAGAGAGUUAUGAGAAAGAUCAGUCAGACCCAGUUGAACCACCAAAAUCCUCCGCCCCCUUAGAAAUGACUCCUGUGCCUUUUGUACCUUUACUUCUUGACAUUCCUAAAUUACCAAUACUCGAAGCACAGCCUGAGUGUCAUUCAUUAUGCCAAUCAAAUGGAUUGGGAAGGAAAUAUCCACCUCCAUCCAAAGGAUUAACUACAGCAAAGAAAUUUAAUGGAAAUAUAUCGUUAAUUCCUCAUGAACUGUCCACUAUAGUUGAGGCUGACAGUCAGAUAUCCACAAAAGUAAGCCCUAGCAUUUCCAAAACGCAAACUUCACCAACAAAUAUUUCAUCACAAGAAAUUUUACCUUUGAAAGUUGAUGAUGUUCGGUUGAAAUCUCCAGAUGGCCAUAGCAGUGAAGAACAAAUAAAGAAAAGCUUCAAACCUGAUAACGAAGAAUUAGAACCCUUGCCUUUGAAAACCGAUGAUAUUCAGUUAAAAUCUCCAGAAAACCUGAAACCUGUUGAUGAACCAAAAGAGAUGGUUCCUGAAUCACCUCCAAGUAAAAAACCCUCUUCCCAUGUGGUAUUUGACGAGAACACCUUGAAGUCAUUCAAAUCACUAGACGCCAGUGAUUCAAACAGAUCACUGGCUUGUACGGAUUCGACCUGUACCAGCGCUUGUCUCUCAUCAGUUUCAAGCAAAAAAACUUCGAGUUCCUCAAGUGAUAUGGAAAGCAUUGAAGCGAUGCUCAGGAGUAUCGGAAUGGAGUGGGCUAUACCUACAUUACACAAAACGCAGGAGGCUUUGGCGCUUUCGUCUAGUUCUAGUUCCAGUAAUGUCGGUCAAAAGAAACGGAAUAAGUCUGGAUCGACCACUGCUAGUGAGGUCGAUCUCAAAGAAUUCCUCAAAAAGCAAAUGAUGAGCAAGAUAUCUUCGAGUAGUUUGAAGUCUGACUCGAGCCCGGCGAGUUUCAUACAGGAACUGUCCGAUAUAUCCGCUAUUAAUCCGAAUAAUUCCAGUGUAGAAAAAACAAAAAGACGGACAUCUACUCCAGUAUUAUCUAGUAAAAGUACGAGUAAAUCUAAGGACGAUCAUCAGCCGUUAUUUACAGGAACUUCUGAUAUUUCGUCGGUGAGAAAUACUUCCUGUGAUACCUCAACAUGUCAAAAGAAGGCUGAGGAAAGACAUGAUACAUUCCAUACGUUAGGUAGUGACGGUGAUUUGACCGCUACAAAAAGUCCUCUUUGACAGCGUCUGUUAGUUACUUUUAGCGAAAUUUACUUAAUUUAUUUUUAAUAAAAUAUUCGGCUUGCUAUCAAUUUGACUUAGUUAAUGGUGAUUGUAGCUUUAAAUAUGUUAAAUGAAUGUUGAUGCAUGCCGAGAAAUUUUAUCACAUUGUACUUUAUAAUUAUU